CCGUAGCCCUGGCCUAAGGACGAGGUCGGGGGAGUCGAUCGCCCCGACCCCGACCUCAGCACGCCGCCUGAUGUCCACAAGAUGGAGGCAGCGGGGACGGCGGCGGCGUGAAAGAGGCGGGUCCGGGCCGGAGCAGGUGCUUCGCCGGCGGCGGCGGCUGGCGGGGAUGGAGCUGCUCUGGGUCAUCUCAAUUUCUGCCCUUGCCGGCUCCUUCCUUACGCUCUUCCUUCAGUUUCUGUUGUUCUAUUGGAGUAGGCCCAAGAAGCCCCUGCCGGAGUCCACCGAAGACUUGAUUUAUACCUCCCCUGUGCCGGGCCUUCUCCUUCGCGACUACCUCUAUGGCGGCUUCGGGAAAAGGAAGAAGUCCAGUGUGAACACCGGCCACCGGGCCACCAAGAUGUCGCGCGCCGUGGAGACCUGCUACUUCCUCAACGCUAUCAUUCUGUUCCUGUUUCGGGAGCUACGGGACACGACCGUGACACGGCACUGGGUCACCAAGAAGAUCAAAGUGGAGUUCCAGGACCUGCUGCGGAGCAAGACGGCAGGCAGGGUGCUGGAAGGCUUGAGCUUGCGGGAAGUGUACCUGGGUCAGGCUGUACCCUUCGUCAGGACUGUCCGCCUCCUCCGACCGGUGGUGCCCUCGUACACUGGCGAGCCUGAGGCCUCCACCCACAGUCCAGACGAGCUUCCCACCGCCUGCCCGGAGGAACUCAUAUUUGAGCUGGACGUGGAGUACAAUGGUGGUUUCCACAUGGCCAUCGACGUGGACCUUGUCUUUGGCAAGUCCGCCUACUUGUACGUCAAGCUGGCCCGCAUGAAGGGCAAGAUUCAGCUGGUCUUCACCCGCACACCCUUCACUCACUGGGCCUUCUCGUUCGUGGACGACCCAGUGAUGGAUUUAGAGGUGCAGUCCCAGUUCGAGGGGCACCCCAUGCCGCAGCUCACCUCCAUUAUCAUCAACCAACUCAAAAAGGUCAUUAAACGGAGGCACACCAUACCCAACUACAAGAUCAGAUUCAAGCCAUUUUUCCCAUAUGAAACAAUGAUGGAAGAAAAUGAAGAGCUUCUAUACAUACAGCAGUAUGGACUUAAGGAAGGCCGCCUUAAAAUAUCAUUACUAGAAUGCAGCAGGUUAAUGGUUUUUGGAUCGUAUGAAAGAGAAGCAAAUAUUCAUUGCACACUUGAGUUGAGCAGUUCUAUUUGGGAAGAAAAACAGAGGACUUCUGUCAAAGUGGUUGAAGUAGUGAAAGGAAAUUUACCAAGUGUUGGACUUACACUUCGUCUGGUGCAGUCAUCUGAUGGAUGUUGCGGACAUGUCGUAAUUGAGACUGUAAUACCACAUUCCCCUGCUGCACUUGCAGAUCUUCAGCGGGGAGACAGAAUUGUAGCAAUCGGAGGAAUUAAAAUCACAUCUACAGUCCAGGUGUUAAAGCUCAUCAAGCAAGCUGGUGAAAAAGUAAUGGUGUGUUAUGAAAGGCCUGUGGGCCAGAGUAAUGCAGGGGUAACAUCACAGGAGAGUUUGGGGCAAGUGGAAUUUCUGACAACCCCCCCAAAUGAUGACGAGGUUAUGCCUGGCCUUUUAAUGGAGGGUGAACGCAAAGAAGCAGAUUUAGAAUUUGAAGAUUUGGCAUCCUAUCUCAAGUCACAAAAUUAUUCCAAAGAUGAGGUUCAAACAUUAAGUUCUAGUCCUAAACAUUGUCUCAUGACAGUUGGUAAGCCUUCUGGGUCUGCCUCACCAGUCUUAAGUCUUAAAUCAGCAAGUAACAUGUCACGAUCAGUCAGAUCUCUGGCAUCUAAAACCUCUGAUUCUUCAGACUCAGGGCAAUCAUCAACAAGAACAUCACAGAUAUCUCUUUUUAAGACUCAGUCACCAAAACAGCAAAGAAAAUUGUUUCUAGCACCUAUUGAUGAUACUAACCAAACAGAAUCAGAUAUAGAAAGAAUGGAUAAAGUGCUUUUUUCUGCACAAACAGAUAAAGAAAAGUCAGUAAUGAUUGAUCAGACAGAAGACUCAUUUUUUUCAAGACAAAUGGCAAAAGAUUACUUUUAUGAAGGUGUUCACAAGGACAGUGCAGAUGACCAAACAUGGGAAUCAUCAGAAAUUCCUUAUAUUCGUAAACUAGGCAAAUGGACAAGAAUGAAAGGGACUUGUAUAUUUGACAUAGAAGCCUACCAUAGGUACCUGAAUGUUGCAUUGUGGUGCAGAGAUCCUUUCAAGCUGAGUGAUCUCAUCUGCUUGGGACAUGUUAGUAUAAAACUUGAAGAGAUCGCUUUGGGCUGUUUAGCUACUUCCAACUUGGAAUACCUUGCAAAAUUCCAGUUGAAUGCUCCAACACCCAAAGCUAUGGCUAGCAGAUCUACACUGCGAAAUAUGAGCAUGAAAACAGGAUUUAAUGAGAAAUUUUGUUAUGGUGACAUUACCAUACAAUUCAAAUAUUUGAAAGAAAGUGAACACGAACAACUUCUGGAUCUUCUCAGGAAAGAAAAAGAAAGUAGCCUGCUAGAGGAGGCAUCUGCCUAUAAUAAAGAUGAUGAUUUUGAUGGUCCAAUAGGUUCUGCAGAAAAUAAACAUGCUUUCCAAGACACUCAAUUCCAGAACCCAACAUGGUGUGACUACUGUAAGAAGAAAGUCUGGACUAAGGCAGCUUCCCAGUGUAUAUAUUGUGCCUAUGUUUGCCACAAAAAAUGUCAAGAAAAAUGCUUUUCUGAAAGCCCAGUUUGUAUAGGACCUAGGAAGCAACCCAGCCGGUUAUUUAAAAACUUAAGGCUAGAAGGACAAGAAAGUAUCUUAGGGUUGCAGCCUCGUGCUGAUACUGAAGCUUCUAAAUCAGCUGGGAAAAGUGCAGGUAUAACCAGGCACCUAUUGAACACCAGCUCUCGUUUCUUAAACUUGCGACAAGGUUCCAGAAGAGCCCCGGAUGAACAAAUUCUUGAAUUGACAGAUCCCUCACUCAAGUCAAUACCAACCACCUCUGAUAAUGAGAUGAGUGAUCCAGAAGUGUGUGGUCUAAACAGUCCUUGCAGACAGAGAGAUAACACAGGAAUCAAAUUGGCAAGGAAGGAAGGAGGCCUGGAUGACAGUGUCUUCAUCGCAGUUAAAGAAAUUGGCCGUGACCUUUAUCGGGGCUUACCUACCGAGGAGAGAUUCCAGAAGCUAGAAUUCAUGUUAGAUAAACUGCAAAAUGAAAUUGACCAGGAAUUGGAGCAUAACAAUUCGCUUGCUAGAGAAGAGAAAGAGACAACCGAUUCAAAGAAAAAAGCACUCAUUUUGAGUGCUUUGGCUAAAUCAGGUGAAAGACUACAAGCUCUAACUCUUCUUAUGAUUCACUACAGAGCAGGUAUUGAAGACCUAGAAUUAGAGACGCUCUAUCACACCAAAAAAGCGCCUAAAUAUGCAGAAGAUGCAGAAGAAGACCUUCAUAAUGAAAUACGCCAACUAAUGGAGACUCAACCUUUUGACAGUCUAUCAGAUGAAUUAUUUGACCCAUCUGAACCUCUGUAGUAGACUGGACUGCCUAUUUAACCUUCCAAACAAUAGCAGAAAAAAAAUUUACACUUACUAAAAUAUAUCAGAUACACCCACAUUUAACACUCUUAGAAUAUGUAUGGCCUGCUUCUCCACAUUUAUUGCCUGUCUAAUAGCAAAAAAAAAAAUGAUAGGUUUGGUUUGUUUGUAUUUCCCAGCAAAAUACAUGACCAUUUGAGUUGACUAAGUUGGUUGAUUUGGAUUGUAUUAUAAUGUGCUUUGGGGGUUAACAAUGGGAAUUUAUUUUUAUUAAUUUAUUUUUCACUUUUUCUAUUAUGUAAACUAACAUUUCAUGUUGAUAUUGUUUUCCUUUUUGGUUUCUGAAUUUGUGUUAAAAUAGGAUGCUGUCAAAAUUCUUAAAGUUUUUCAUUUACAUCAUGGUAAUGGUUAUACUUACUGCAUGCCCAAACUGACAACACAGCAAUCAUUAAGAGAAAAGGUUUUGAAACUUUUGAUCAUGUUAAAUUGAUUUUUGUCUCAAAUCAA